UAAAAUUUUUUAUUUUUUAUUUUAGUAUUUAUUUUUUAUAAAAUUUUAAACUCUAAUUCCAAAAUCCUACCCCUUAACUCUAAACCCUAAGGUUUGGAUUAAUUAACCCAAGGGGUAUAAAUGUAUAUUUACCUCUUUAAUGAAACCUAUAUUUGUGACUUUGAGUCUUGAGUGCUACUUUGGGAACAAAAACUUGGUUUGGUGUUAUCCUAGUCUUUUUCUAAUGAAAAUAUGUCAUUGAAUUCUUCUUUAUAUACAAUUUGAAUAUUUUAAAAUAUGAUUUUUUUUUUUGUUAGGAUCCAUGUUCACUACCACUAUUUUUCGUAACUGUAACUAAACAAACCGAUUUUACAUUUUGUACUCUACUUACCGGCUUUCAUGUUUGUAUGAUGCAGGGUUUGAAAGGACAAAGUCAAAGCAUAAAGAUGUUGAGAAGUUGAAAUGAUCUUUUGUUAGUAUUUAAUGUAACUUCAGUUUGUUAAUUCGAAUCCUGUCUUUAAUACCUUUAAAUAAAAUAAUUAACUAGUUAAAACAUAAAUUAGAAAGAAAAAAAAACAAUAAAAAACGACAGCGUUUUGUUUUUUGUGUGGAGAGAACGGCGAUGUUUUGGUGACUGUUAUUCAAGCCUCAAAAGUAGGAUUGGGAUAAACGGGCCUGAUAUGAAUUUGGUGAUGUUUAAUGUGGGCCAAAAUAACGGGAAAGCCCAUCAUAAAUGAGAGAAGAGAAAAAAAAGAAACGACAGCGUUUUGUUUGUGUGGAGAGAACGACGACGUCGAGUGUUAUUCAAGGAGAGAGAGAGAGAGAGAGUAACGUCGUGAUUUCCCGCUCAAGGCUUCAUCUUCAUCUUCUCCUCUCGAGAGGCAGAGCUCUCUGCAAAAGGAAAGAGGAGUAAUUUCGCAAGAUCUAAGAUGGUGGAUUUUGAGCAACUCAGGAUCUUUGAAACUAUACUCAGAGAGUUUCUAAAAUCUUUUCUUCUGCAUAUUCAACUGUGGCUUGAUGUGCUAGACCUUCAAGUGGGAGUGGAUGAGCUUGAGUUUUUGGUGAUACUGAUACAUUGGUUUCCCUUCCUUCUCUUCCGCGAGUUUGUGGGGUUUCUUUUAUGGGUCAUCAUUCAAGCCAUAAAGCUUGCCCAAUUACUUCUUUGGCACUACAUCAGUUGGCAAGAGCGCCAUGCGGAGUUCGAGGUCGUGUAUAUUGAGGCUGCGAAUGCUCCAACACGCACUCCUCCACUUCCUGCACACUUUCUUCACUUUCUACCCCUGUCUACAAUGGCCGAAAGCACUGACAAUGACAUAUGUACCAUUUGCCAAGAGCCUUACAGAGCAGGAGAUGCAGUGAGGACACUCCCUUGCGACCAUUCCUUCCACUCUAUAUGUGUUGACCAGUGGCUUAUUUCGGACCAUGGUGAUUGUCCUCUUUGCAAACAAGCCAUCGUCUCAGAAUAACACAUCUGCCGUCAAUCUGAGGACUUUGAUAGAGCCAGCCAGGAAUGAAUAAUAUCACAAAAUGAGUAAAACCAAUAGUGCUAUUCUUUUGUAUACCAUCUCUUGAUUGACUAAAACAUGAUAUUUUAGCUUACUAUCUUGAUAGAGAUUUGAGACCCUCUUGUCACACUACAUGCUUAAUCAAUUUGUACAUAUACCAAAGCUGCGUACCUAUAUUGAAAUAAUUAGUGGUACCUUCACUUUAUUUUUAUAUCGCUCAAUUCAUUUAUUUUUGUAUAUUUUACGUAUUUAUUUCAUGAUUAGUGAGUGGUAGAUUCUUUUUUUUUUUUGUGCAAAAUUUUAGUGGUAGAUUCACUUUCACAUAAUGUUUUACUAUGAUAUAUAUAUAUUAUCAUAUUUUGUUUUAUAGAUCCCUAUUUUUUCCAGAAUUAUUAUGUUGUUAGAGAGGUAUUACACAUCCAUUAACUAAAAAUUUGAUUGUUGUGGAUUUUUUUAUUGUUAAGAAAAAGUAAACAAUGUAGAUUAUUGUUCUGAUAUGUUAUACUAGAUGUCUUGCUUUCGAUGUAUCUUGCUUGCCAAGUUACCACCACCUUUUUCAUGUCAAACAACUUGUGACAAGAACAAAAUGCUUUAUCCAAAAGUUUUUCUUAGUAUAUUAACCAUUAUCUUUUCUGUUUAUCAUAUCUAUUGGGUAGAAUGCAUAUGAAAAAUGCCUACCAAUACCAUUCUUCCGAAACUGAUAAUUACUUGUUAACUACUCUUUAUUCAUAUGACCUAGGUUGCAUGAAAUAGAAACGGAUACGUGGAAACGAAACAUUUUGAAACAUGGAAACGUGAUUUUUGAUUAUUUUUUUUUUACUUUGGAAACGUUUUAGAAACGUCUAUAAAUAUAUAUUGAAUUUUCAAGUAACUUGGUAAGUAAUUUUCAACUAACUUUCAUUCAGAAAACCUACUAGAAAUGAUUAUAGAUGGACGUGAGUCUGGAAUAAUGCAAAAUAAUACAAAAAUGAUGUAACUUUGUUGGUCGAAGCUGGAAAAGAUUAUCCUCCAUAAGUAUCACACUCUUCAUAUAGAUCACCAUUAUGUAUUAAUGGCUUAUCAGAUUCUUUAUCUUCUUACUCUUCUUAGAUUUAUUGAUCUUUUGUAGCAACUUCAUCUGAAAGAAAUAUUCAGUUCCUCUAUGAUGAUCAGAGUAAUAUUCUAGCCCAACAUCGCAUUGUAACUAGGUAGAGAAGACCGUAACGAAAGGUUUAAUCAGUUUUGCUCCUACUUUUCUUUGCAGUUUAUGUGGAAGCGAUCAAACUGUAAUGGAACGAGCUAUAGCUGCCCCAUAACUAAAUAAACUCCAUUUUACAAAAUUAAAAUUGGUAUUAUGUUGAUAUAAAUGCCAUAAUGAAGAAACUUUUAGCCAUGUGUUGUGUUUGUAUUUUACCAGGUGAUUGAAAAUAGGGCAAUUGUCAAUAAUAGCAUCUUUUGAAGUUUAUGUCUCAAAAAUAACACUAGAAGGAGAAAGUCACAAAAAUGACAUUCAUUAAAGGGUAAAAUAUCCCUAAUACCCUUGGUUUAAAAUUAAAUAAACAAACAAAAAUAAAUAUAAAUAAAUAAAAUAAAAAUAAAAAAA